CGUUCGCCAGCCCCGCCUGUUCCCACUGCCAGACCGGUCUGUACCGGCCGUUCAGGCAGGUUUGAGCCUGCCCUGAGGAGCGUGCGCAACCCGCGUAGCCGCGGCUGUGACGCAAACGUGACAGAGGCGUGACGCGACCACAGCAGCUUCUGAGUCGUUGGCGCUUCCUCUGCCACGCUCGGAGCUGUCCGUUUCUUGUCCAUAGGCCCGGGCCACCCCUUACGUUCAACACCGCUUCCCGGUGCAGGACGUGUCUGCCAUGGACGACUAUGCGAUCUUGUCCGACACUGAGCUGGCCGCUGUGCUCCGGCAGUACAACAUACCUCAUGGGCCUAUCGUGGGCUCCACUCGCAAGCUCUACGAAAAGAAAAUCUUCGAGUAUGAGACCCAGAGACGGAGGCUCUCGCCCCCCAACUCAUCAUCCUCUUCAUUCUCUUAUCGGUUCUCAGACUUGGAUUCAGCCUCUGUGGACUCAGACAUGUACGAUCUGCCAAAAAAAGAGGACGCCUUACUUUACCAGAGCAAGGACUAUAAUGACGACUACUAUGAGGAAAGCUAUUUGACUACCAGGACAUAUGGGGAGCCCGAGUCUGUGGGCAUGUCCAAGAGCUUCCGCCAGCCGGGGACCUCACUUGCAGAUACUCACACCUUUCAUCACCAGGUGCGUGAUGAUAUUUUCUCUUCUUCAGAAGAGGAGGGCAAGGAUAGGGAACGUUCCAUCUAUGGCCGAGACAGUGCCUACCAGAGCAUCGCACACUACCGCCCCAUUUCCAAUGUCUCCAGGAGUUCCCUGGGCUUAUCCUAUUAUCCUACAUCCUCCACCUCUUCUGUGUCCUCCUCUUCUUCUUCUCCCUCUUCCUGGCUUACCCGACGUGCCAUCAGGCCAGAAAAGCAGGCCCCUGUUGCUGCUCUGGGCCAGGAUCGACAGGUCCCACUCUGGGGCCAGCUAUUACUCUUCCUUGUCUUUGCUGCCUUUCUGCUCUUUGUUUACUAUUCCAUACAAGCUGAAGAAGGCAACCCUUUCUGGAUGGAUCCCUGAGGGUAUUGGUUUCAGAGCAGCUCUUAACAGGAGUUUUGGCUGAUUGCCUUAGCAAUGUUUGCUGGGGGUAGGGUGGGGGGGGGGCUUUUUGUGUGUUCUAGUUAAGGGGUUCAGGGCCUAGCCUAGGGCAGUGCUUAUCUCCCACCUCCUCCUGCCAAGAAGGCAGCAAAUGCUGGCCUUCCACAGCCCAGUGGGCCCACAUGUACCUUCCUCUGGAGCCUCCUAGCUCUAUUGCCUGUGACCCUUAGAGCUCCAGGAGAUAAGACCUCACUUCUUUAGAGGAAAACUUGGUGGUGGCAGUGGUAGUUGGUAGUUGUCAUGCAUGCCUGUUUGUUGUUACCUUUUCAAGGUGUAUUAACCAAAGGCCACCCUGGCUUUGUUUUCGUGGACACAAUAAAAAAAACAUGUUUAUUUUUA